GGGUCAGGGGGUCUGUCAGUCUCUGAGGCACAGGCUGCGCUGCCGCUGCUGGGCCGGAACCGGGCUGGGGAGUUCGGGGGGGAUAGGGGGGUAGGGGCACCGGGGAAUAAGUGAGCGGGCCUGAGGCGGGGGCGGCCGGCGCCAUGUCGAGGCAAGCGAACCGAGGCACUGAGAGCAAGAAAAUGAGUUCUGAGCUUUUCACCCUGACCUAUGGAGCCCUGGUCACUCAGCUUUGCAAGGACUAUGAAAAUGAUGAAGAUGUGAACAAACAACUGGACAAAAUGGGCUACAAUAUUGGUGUCCGAUUGAUUGAAGAUUUCCUGGCUCGGUCAAACGUUGGCAGGUGCCAUGACUUUCGGGAAACAGCAGAUGUUAUUGCCAAGGUAGCUUUUAAAAUGUACCUGGGCAUCACCCCAAGCAUCACCAACUGGAGCCCGGCGGGUGACGAAUUCUCUUUGAUCUUGGAAAACAACCCCCUGGUGGAUUUUGUGGAGCUUCCUGAUAACCACUCAUCCCUCAUUUAUUCCAAUCUCUUGUGUGGGGUGUUGAGGGGAGCCCUGGAGAUGGUCCAGAUGGCAGUGGAUGUGAAGUUUGUUCAGGACACACUGAAAGGAGACGGGGUGACAGAAAUCAGGAUGCGGUUCAUCAAGCGAAUUGAGGACAAUCUCCCAGCAGGAGAAGAAUAACCAUUUGGGGGCAGUGGAGAUGACCAGCUAGGGCACUUGCUAAUUCUCAACCCUCCCCUGGGGUUGUAAAGGCUAAGUGCCCCCACCUUAGAGGACUCAGUGACUCUUUAAGAUGUUAUAUAUUCUUCUAAUCUUGUUUCCAUUUUCCAUGCUAAUAAAAAACAGACUUGUGUGAUAUAUUCCACUUAUCCCACAAGUGUGUACUACUGAUCUCA